AUGGAUGGUGACAAGAAAGAGUGCGUUAAAAUGCAUGAUAUUAUUCGUGAUGUGGCCAUAUCAAUUGCAAAAACGAAGGAGCAUGGCGGCUUUAUAGUACGAUGUGAUAAUGAUUUGGAAGAGUGGCUAGAGAUGCAUUCAAGUGAAAUGGAAGAGUGCACUGCAAUCUCACUCGUAUAUAAGAAAAUCAAGAAACAUCCUGAUAGUUUGGUGUGCCCCAAGCUCAAGCUUCUUAGUUUGUCUUCCAGAGAUCGUUGGGCUAAAUUAGAACUGAGUCAGAAUUUUUUCGAAGGGAUUAAAAAAAUCGAGGUUUUAGCUUUUCAAAGUGUUCACAUUCAAUCACUUCCAGCAUCAUGGCAAAUCCUACAAAACAUCCGGACCUUGCAUUUGGAGUGUUGUGAUUUAAGAGAUAUUUCAAGAAUUGGAGGAUUAGUGAUGCUAGAAAUCCUCAGCUUGAUUGGUUCUCAAAUCGAAGAGUUGCCAAAGGAGAUAGGAAAUCUUCAACAUCUAAAGGUGUUGGAUAUGACAAAAUGCAAAUGGCUUAAUAGAAUUCCACCUGGUGUACUCUCGAGAUUAACCACAUUGGAAGAGUUAAAGAUUUUCCCCUUCAGUAGUUGGAGUUCUCUGGAAGGAAAUGAAGAGAAAACCUCCGCAUGUCUUGACGAGAUAACUCCUCUGCUUGAUCGAUAUUUGAAAGUUUUAAAUGUUUGGAUACCAAACGUGGAGUUUGUUCCAAGGAAUUUUCCUUUCAAGAAUUUGACAAGAUUUUUAAUUGCUGUGGGCCUACCAUAUAUAGAUGAAAACGAUUAUUUAUUUAAAAAGCGUUUGCGGCUACACGGAGUUAGUCCUGAUUCUAUAAAACAGAGUGGGAUUCAUCCAAUAGUCAAGAAAUGUGAAGUUUUGGAAUUAGCACUGGUGUAUGAUUUGAAGAAUUUAUUUCCCCAUUUUGAUGAGGAGGAGCAAGAUGGUUUCUCGUGGUUGAGGACUCUUAAAGUAUACUGCUGCAAGGAAAUGGAGUACGUGGUGAAAUUCACGUCAAAUAAUAAUCGGACUGAUCUUCAUGUUCCAAACAUAUUCCCUCUUUUGGAGGAAUUGUAUUUGGGAGGUCUUGAUGGAUUGAAGGGAAUAUUCCAUUAUAAUUCUGAUGAUUUACAACUUCCUCCUACUGAUCAUCAGUUUGUUAGAAAGGAGAGGAUUUCCAUAGCAUCAUCUCUUCCAAGAGGAUUUCCACAGCUCCAAAGAUUGACUGUAUCAUUCUGCCCAUCAUUAGAAGAAAUCAUUUCCGUGAGGAACCGCAAAACUGAUGAUCCUAUUAAUACAUCUACAUCCGAUGAUAUGAUUCUCUUCCCCAAAUUAACUGACUUAACUCUGGGGUGCCUACCGAGUCUAAUCAGUUUGUGCAGAGCCAUAGAUGAUGAGGGAAGUACAGGGCCACCUAAGGAUGCUGAUGGAGUAGAAAGCAGCACCGAUAAUAUGAAUACUCCCACUGAAAUACUUGUUCCCUUCAGAUCUUACUCCAAUCAACAGUAA